GUCAAUACCCGCGACAGAAAAGAUUCUGGAGGGAGCCAGGCAUGGUGGAUCCGGCAGCGGAUCCUGGCAAGGAAACAUGCCCCGAUCCCGGGGGUGCCGCCGCGGGGGGAGAAGAGUCUGCGGCAGCCGCGACGACUCGGGCUGCCGUUCAGCCGCCCGCCGGCCCCCCUCCGGCGGCGGCGCCUCCUCGAACGGGAGAGCCGGAGAAAAGUCGCCCAGAGUCGCCGAUGCUGCACCUGGAUCUCUACAACUUCGACUGUGCGGAAGCCGAAGGCAGCCGCUACGUGCUCACCAGUCCCCGCUCCCUGGAAGCCUGCGCUCGAAGUGCCGUCAAGCCGGUGGAGCUGCUGACCCGGCCGCUCAGCGAGCUGAUCAAGGAGGCCCCCGGCAGGUCUAUGCGCGUCGCCGCCGGCCUCUAUGAGGCCUACGAGAUGGAUCGGCAGAGGAAGCUGCAGCAGUGCCGGGAGGAGAGGGAGAGGAUAAUCCGAGAGGAGAAGCGGAGGCUUUUCACGCCUGGCCUGACCGGAAGCCUGCCUUCCUCCCCGGCCUCCAGGACGGCCUUUAAAAGCAGCCUGCCUGAGGGGAGCUGCCCUUCGGCUAGUAAGAGGAAAACGGCAGGAGGGGCCCCGCCUCCCCCUCUGAGUGGCCCCAAGACCAAGAAGAGCCACUCCCUGGACUCCCUGCAAAAGAGGAGAGAGGGCUUCUCCACCAAGACCUCCUCUGACUCGGGCGCCUCUUCUUCCUACAGUGGGGACAGUAGCCGGGACAAAUGGACCCAGGAGCUGCCUAGGACUAAGAGCGUGGCCACCAUGACCUCCCUGGUGGGGCGCAGUUUCAGCCUGAGUGACCUGAGCCACUCCCCGCAAACCACCCAGAAAGUGGAGAGGAUUGUCAGGGAAGUGAAGCAGAAGAAAGGCUUCAAGGAGGUGUCCGACAGGGACCGUAAAAUUGCCGCCCUGAUGAUAGCCAAGCACCAAGAGGAGAACCUGUGGAAGGAGCAGCGGCACAGCGCCCACCUCCAAUGGGAUGUGCAGAGGAGGGUGGUGGAGCAGAGGAGGGAGCAGGAGGAGCGGGAGAAGCAGCGGGCUUUGCAGCAGGGCCGCCGGAUGUGGGAAACCCGGCUGGAGAAGCGACGUGGCAGGCUGACCCAUACCUGGGAGGAGGCUGUCCAGAUGAAGCAAAGGCAGACCUUGGUGGAGGAUGAGAAGUCGCGGGAACACCUGGAGAAGCAGGAGCGCCUGAAGAGAGAGAGGCUGGAGAAGGCUGCUCUGGAGGACAAGAAGAGGAAACGCCACCAAGAGCACAACCUGAAGGCUCAGGAAGCCAACAAGAAAGAAGUCCAGGUGCGAGAGGUGCAGCUGCUGCAAGAAAAGCUCACCUUGGCAGCCCAGAAGAAGCUUGUGAAGGAACAGCUGAUUCAGAAAGAGAAGAAGCUGCUCAAUCAAGCCGACAAGCAGAAACACGAGGCCAUUCUCAAGGGACUGGCGAAGCAGGAGGCCGAAGAGCGGGCAGUGCUUAGAGCAGCCAUGGAAGGGAGCCUGAGCAAAGCUCAAGAGAACUAUGAGCAUCUCAUUGAGAAGAGGAACCAGGAACUGAGAGAGAGAGCCAAGCGGGAAGACCUGCAGAUCCAGAGGGCCAAGCUAGCAGCGGAACGCAAAGACCAGGAGCAGAAGGCGCACUUAAGAGCUUUGGCACAAGCAUCUGAAAGGAAGCUCCAACAUGCUGCUCAGGUGGCCGAGGAAGUUGUCCAGCAGAAAGCACGAAAGGUGGUGCAGAACCGCCUGGAAAAGGAGAAGAUUCAGAAAGUAAACAAGAGGAAAGUCGAGGAGUGUGAAGAUAUCCGCCGGAGGGAGAUCCUGUUGUCUAUUGAGAAGAAGUUGGAGCGAAGUGAACAGAUUUGUAAGGAGAAAAAAACUGUCUUGGAAAGUGCGAAGUCUGUGGCUCGGGCAUCAUUCCACGUGAGGGAGAAAGUCAGGGAAGAGAUGAACAUGCGUACCUUUGACAAGAUGGCCUUUGAGGCAGAACUGCAGGCCACCCUAGUUAAAAAAUGAAUUGUCUUUUUUUUAUUUGGGAUUUGGUGGGGAUUUCUGUUUUGCUGCCUAUUGUCAGAAUUGGGAGAUUUU